AUGCAGGCGAUUCAGGCCAGCGUUGCGUGCGCAAGGGUCCAGGCCAAGGCGCCGGGUGCCGCCCGCGCCCCGUGCCGGCCUGUCUCCGCGUUCGGGGCGGCGCGUUUCCAGGCGGCCCCUCGCACGCGCUUCCCCCCAGUAGCAGCUCCGGCCCGCCGCGCGGCGCACGUCGCCCGCGCGGACCCCCGGCCAUGGACCGAGAAGGACUGCAAGCUCGUGCUCUCGGACGGAUCCGUCUUCAAGGGCCGCAGCUUCGGCGCGAAGGGAACUGCGGUCGGCGAGGUGGUGUUCAACACGUCGAUCACGGGGUACCAGGAGAUCAUGACGGACCCGUCGUACGCCGGGCAGUUUGUGUGCUUCACGCACCCUCACAUCGGCAACGUGGGCAUCAACGAGGACGACGAGGAGUCCACCAAGUGCCACCUCGGCGGCGUGAUCGUCCGCGACAACUCCCCGAUCGUGUCGAACUACCGCGCGACGAAGUCGCUCCCGGAGUACCUCGAGGAGCAGGGCGUGCUGGGCAUCGCGGACGUGGACACGCGCGCGCUGACGCGCGUGGUGCGCAACUACGGUUGCCUGAACGGCGUGAUCACGACCGACCUCUCGAAGAGCGACGAGGAGCUCGUCGCGAUGGCCAAGGAGUUCGACAUCGUCGGGAAGGACCUCAUCGCGACGGUGACGACGGACAAGGUGUACGACUGGAACAACGGCACCAUCGAGGAGUGGGAGUUCUCGCCCGCCGCCGCCAAGGCGCGCGAGGACGACCAGCUGCACAUCGUCGCGUACGACUUCGGCAUCAAGCGCAACAUCCUGCGCCGCCUCGCGUCGUACAACUGCCGCAUCACCGUCGUCCCGGCGUCGUUCAAGGCCGACGACGUCCUGGCGAUGAACCCCGACGGCAUCUUCUUCUCCAACGGGCCCGGGGACCCGUCCGCGGUGCCGUACGCGGUGGAGGAGUGCGCGAAGCUGCUGGGGAAGAAGCCGGCGUUCGGCAUCUGCAUGGGCCACCAGGUGAUGGGGCAGGCGAUGGGCGGGAAGACCUUCAAGCUCAAGUUCGGGCACCACGGCGGGAACCACCCGAUCCGGAACGAGAUGGGCAAGACGAUCGAGAUCAGCGCGCAGAACCACAACUUCGCGGUGGACCCGGAGACGCUCCCCGCGGACGUCAAGGUGACGCACGUGAACCUCAACGACGGCACCUGCGCGGGCAUGUUCUGCGAGGCCAAGCAGGCCGUGUCGAUCCAGUACCACCCGGAGGCCUCGCCCGGGCCGCACGACUCGGACGUGUGCUUCGACCUCUUCGUGAAGAUGGUCCGCGACGCGAAGAAGGCGGGCGCCGCGGUCUGA